UAGAAGGCAUGCCUAACCCUGUAUGUAUUGUGUUUUGCAAGACUAUCUGUGCAACCAAUACCUUAUAAAAGGCACUGCCAGGGAAAGAAAUAUUCAUUAAAGGAUUAAUUUAAAAAUUGAUUAUGGCGAGUAAAAUAUUUGUGGUACCACCAUCAAUAAAAGGAGUACCCUUUGCUCAAGGUGUACCUGACCAGCCUCCUAAAACAGCUUACCAGACAUCUGAAAUAAUUGCAGAGCAGAGCACAGGAGAUAAAUGGGAUAAGGAAAGUGAUGUAUUAAAUGCUAUUCGCAAAGAAGAGACAGAUCAGAUUAAAUCACUCAACAACAAGUUUGCAUCUGUCAUUGAUAAGGUUCAGCUACUGGAACAACACAAUUGUGUAUUGCGCACUAAAUGGAACAUUUUGCAAGCACAGGGAAUAAAGCAUGAGAACAGUGUACCACAACUUCCUUUUAAAGACUACAUCAAUGCAUUGCAGAGACAACUGGACCAAUUGGGAAAUGACAAGUUGCACUCAGAUUCAAAAUUAAGGCAAAUUGAGAAGAUUGUCAAUGAUUUCAGAAGAAAAUAUGAAGAGGAAGUAAACAAGCACAUUGCGCUAAAGGAUACAUUUGCAGAGCUUAAAAGGGAUGCGGAUGCAGGGUACAUAGAUAAAGCUGAGCUGGAGGCCAAGAUACAAUUUCUGACACAUGAGAUAAACACCCUUAGGGUCGUCUAUGAAGAGGAGCUCACCCAAAUGCAGGCUCAGACCUCAGACAUUGUGGUUAGCUUGUCCAUAGACAACAACAGGCACUUGGACUUGGACAGUGUAAUAGCUCUGGUGAAGGCUCAGUUUGAGGAGAUUAUCAGCUUCAGCCACAAAGAAGAGUCCUUGUAUCAAACCAAGUAUGAGAAGCUGCAGGGACAAUCUAGGACUGAUGGUGAUGAACUGAGAAAGUCAAAGGUGGAAAGCUCCGAGCUGAAUCACAUGAUUAAAAGGCUAAACUCUGAAAUCAACAUUUUAAAAAAUCAGUGUGCCAAACUGCAGAUGACCAUUGCUGAGACUGAGCAACAUGGGGAAGUUACAUUAAAGGGUGCAAAACAACAGUCACAAGACCUGAAGGCUGCUCUGCAGAAGGCCAAGCAGGACAUGGCUCGCCAGAUGAUGGAACUUCAGGAGCUGAUUAAUGCCAAACUGGCACUGGACAUUGAGAUCGCCACCUACAGGAAACUGUUAGAAGUAGAAGAGAACAACUUCACCAGAAAAAAUGCUGAAAUGGUAAAUGCAUCUGUCAAUUAGGAUGCCACUGGAACUGGUAAAGAAAUACGAUUUGAAACUGAGCAUGAUGUUGGAAGUGGCUAUGGUGCUGGAUAUGGAAAUGCUGUUACAAGUAUCCGAGAUUAGUUACUUAUGCCUCUGCCCGGAGUGCAGGAGUACUAAUGGGCAUGACAUUGCUUACCUUAGUAUUAAAGCACUUGCAGCAGGGUCAAAUCUGCUCUCUGCACCUCCCACCGGUUCCAGAGUGCAGUGCUGUGCCCAGUGAGGGGGGACCAUUGAAUAUAUUUUAGUUUUCUAAAGAAGAAUGUAAAACAUUGUUUUUGUGUUUUUUAAUGGUUUUCCUUUAAUGUAU